AUUUAAGAGUUUGACUUUGCCAGGAGAAUGUUGAUUAUAAGGAUUAAUGUGCUCUAGGUGUUCCUAUUAUCCUGUGUGUGCUGAGCCACACCUUCUGAUGUCCGAUCAAUAUGGUAGUCUGCUGUUGAGAACUUUCAGUUGUUGUUUUUUGAGAAUCGAUUCUGCGGUAUAAUUGAAGUGAAUAUUGUGACUGUUGUUAAGCAAUGUGUUUAUGCUAUGAUAUCGUAUCAUCUAUUCACAGUGUUACUAUCAAUAUGAAUUAUGUAUAAUCAAUAAUGGUUUUGGAUUAUAAGAUUGCAUAGAAUUUUUUUGAUGUAUUUUGUGAAUUUCGAUUCAGUGUCAGUGUGUUUUGGAGUCUGUAAUUGGAAUUUAAUGUUGUUUACAGAUAUUGUUAGUUAUGUACUAGAAAGAGUAAGCAUUGUCUACCUUAUACAUGACACCCACCAGUUAUAACAGGAGCAAGAAUUUGGGCGUUGUGUCGUUUGCCUAGAAUGGAAAAGUAGAAAGUAAUUUUGUUGUCAUUAAUUUGAAGUUAGUAUUUUCCAAAAUGACCUCUGUGCAUUUUGAGAAUGUCGAUGCUGAAUCGACAAAUGAAAAGGAAACCAAAUUAGCUGAAACUAAUGCUGAAAAUGUUGAUGGAAAUAAUACAAGUGGUCCAGUGCCGCAAGUUUCAGUUCCUGAUUAUACUCCUAAAACAAUAUCCGGUCAAUAUGUAUUUGAUAAAAAUCACUUUGAAAUGCUUCGUAAUAAAUACAACAUUUUGCCCCAUGUUGGACAUGAACGCAUUCUUAAUAUAACUGGUUCUAGUAAGGAUAAUAAUCAACACUUUCCUGGUUUUUGUUUAAACUUGAGAUCUAUAGAAGGAAUAGCUGAGUAUCUCAAUUUGGUGGCAGGAACAUCAGCAUUAUAUCAAGUAUCGGUUUCAUUAUUUGAUCUCAAGUUUAAAUGUUUUUUUGGAAGACAGUGGAUUGGACCAGCAGUACCAUGUGGUGAGAGCAAAAAAAUCAAAUACAAACAGAAUGUUUAUUUUCACACAUCAUUAAAGAAUUCUAACAUAGUGGCUGUUAUUGAAGUUAUAGUCAAUACUACUGAUGACCUGACAGGUAGAAUAAAGAAGUCAUCUUGUGGUUGGGGUAUCAUUAGAUUAUUUAAAUAUAAUGAAGAGUUACCUGACUCAUCUAGAGGUUUACCUCUUCCAUUACAAACGUCCAAAUUAUAUCACGGUUCACCUCGAGCGUUAUUUUUACUCUCAGAACCCAUUGAAGAUGAAGAUUUAUUAAAUCAUAUAGAAGGAUGUGAUGUUAACUAUACUGUAUGUACACAUAAAGUAUUAAUGCAAGUCAUGCAUUUAUUACCUGAAAAUGUUGUUGUUGGUUCUAAAGAUGUUGUACCAGGUUUAGUUGAUGGCAGAGAUUCAGGUAAAGAUAAGUUUAAGAAGCCUCAGUUAUUGAAUCCAGUACCAGUACAGAUGGAGCACUUUACACUACAUUUACAGCCAUAUGUUGACAAGUUUGAAGAAGAGUUAUGUACCUUGUUAAAAGAAGAUCGUGCGAAGCGUGAAAAUAGAAGCAUAGAAGGAACACAAGUCUCUAUUGUUGAAAGACGUCUGCAGGUUGGUGUUCAUAAUGGAUUAUGUUAUGUAGAGAAACCCCAAACAGUUUUAUUAGAAGAACAAGUUGGUCCAACAUCUAGAAAACCAACAGCUAGUCCGUCUGCUAGACGUAGUACUAAAUUUGGUCAUAAAAGGACUGGAUCCAAUGGAACAAAUGCUCAUUUUACUAACUUAGUAUUGAAAAAUCCUAUCCAGAUCAAUGAUUUAUUAGAAGAUCCUCUAUUUGCUGUUAUAUUUAAACUAGAAUAUGUUAUAGCUGAACCACUGUCUGACAAUGAUAGAAGGAUGUCAUUAACAUACGCUAGAGCUCAUACGAGGACGGUAUCAUUACGGUGGGCUGUAUGGAAUCCAUUUCUGCAUGCUAAUCAACGUGAAGUACAUCUAGGCUUAAUAGGUGGUAAUAAACAGUCUCCAGAUGAAGACUUUAUAUAUAAAAUACCAGAUACAGCCAUGCAGGAUGAAUCAGCUAGUAAAACUGUAGGUGGUUUAGCCAUGUUUCAAUGGAGUACUGAAGGCAAGGAAGGGUUUUUACCAGUUCCAAAUACCAAUAUGGCGUAUAAUCAGAUGAGUGGUCUGUCUCAAGGAUUAACUAAUGGUUUAUCUCCCCAUUCUGAUGUUUAUGGGAUGCCAGGAUCUGUGGCAUCUGUACGUAGCGAAGGAGAUGAAAGUUUUCUCUAUGAUAGUACUAAUAUUAGUAAAAAUGUUAGUAAACGUCCACCUUCAGGAAAGCAGAAGGCUCAGAGUAGUCCCAGGUAUGCUGCUUCACUACAAGUACCACAACAAGGUCAACCAGGAGUAAUCUCCCCUCAAGGUAUGCCUUAUGCGCAGCCUGGUAUGUAUGGUGGUGGAGUCUAUCCACAACAGAUGUAUAUGCCUCCAAUGAUACAAGGUGGAAUUUAUCCUACUGGUAUGGCCCCAAUGGCACAGGUUGGACCAGAAGCCAUGCUAAGAGAAAUGCCAUAUACUCCACCACAUGGUCCAGUGUUAACACCAAUACCGUUACCAGUUGGAGGUCAAGGUUUAUCGAGGGCAGCGUAUGCAAGACUGUAUUCUGCUGGUUUUCCACCCAUUGUUGAUAGUAACGGUGAUCCACCAGAAGUUAUUGAUCCACAAUCUAGAGUUAUGGUUAAUUUAGCUAGAGAACAUGCGGAUCCUUUACAAUGCAAUGAAUUAAUCUUCCAGUUCCUGGCUUACUCAAAAAUGUUAGUGUAUGAUUCUAAUGGUCCUAAGAAGAAUGCUGGAACAGUUUUCUUUACCUUCCAAUUCUACCGUUUUCCUCAAAUGACAACAGAAAGAUUAUUGAUGGGUCAACCUCAGAAUGGUUUAACAUCAAGUCCAGAAUCUUUACCAUUUAUACUACAGAGGAUAGAGAAAGAUGGUAUAGCACAACAAAACUCUCCAGGUUAUGAGAUCAGAUAUUAUAUAGAUCCAACUUAUUUAAAACCAGGUGAAGGAUUUUUAUUUUUACAACAUCUAUCACGUCAGACAUUACAUAUUGAUGUAUGGGACGGUGAUACAUUAUUACAGAUUGGUUCCUGUGCUGUAGAACUCAAAUAUUUAUGUCGUUGUGGUAAUGAAGCUGUACAGACAACCUUUGAACUGGAUGUGAUAAAGACAGAUUAUCCAGACGAGUUUUCUACUGUAACUGGUGAUAUUAAGUCAGAUGUGAAGCCUGCUGGGACACACUCGAUACUGCAAGGAAAACUUCAUCUUAGAAUGGCUAAUAUUGGACAUGCUCUCAACUCUAAAUCUAACAAAACAGAUAUAACACCUCUACCAAGUAAAACUCAGAUUCUCGUCUCACAAACAGCUGGUAAUAGUAAAUAUAAAGGUGGUAGUUUAUCUAAUACAGCUAAUGCUAUACUAAGUGCAAAGAAGAUGGUAAAUAAAUCCAGAGCUCAUCAUUUAUCACAGAAUCGUGAAGUGGCUACUUUAUUAUUCUCUGACAAACCAGCAUUAGCUACCACAGAAGAUGAAAAUGAAGUAACAAGAGAGGGUGAUGCAGAGAGGAAAAGAAAACUGGCUCGAAUGCAGGCAAUACGUAAUGCUGCUACUAAUCAAGAGAAACCGACUACAGCUAUGGGUUAUAGAAAAGAAAAAGCUGAAAGAUCACGAGAUUUAAGAACAAUAGAGAUUUAUCGUCUACAGACUAAGAAAGAAGGAAUCGUAAAUAUGUUAAAUGAAUCCAUUACAACAGAACAUACCAUCUUUCCAUCAUUUGGUAAUACAGAAUUUUUCGAGUUUGUCUUUAGAAAUCCAUUUAAUAUACAGCAGACUUUUACUGUGGAAUGUGGAGAUCCUGAUGUACAAGUAGUAACUGAUACAAGAGAAUGGAGACAUUUUAAAACAUUAGGACAACUUCCUACACAGAUAGAAGAAAAUAUGUUCAGUAAGGAAGGAAAAUCUGAAUUUCCUCAACUAUUCCUUCGACCUAAAGAAACUGUCAGCAUCCCUUUGAAAUUUCAAUCAUUUCUGGCAGAUCAGAGUGUACAACCACCUGGUCCUAUUGAUCCAUUAAAGAGUAAGCAAAAUAUGUUUAAAACAGGAGAACAUACAGAUGAUAUUCUACAAUCUAAAUCAGUUCGGGUAUAUUUUAAAUCAGAAGAAAAUAAAGCAGUAGCCAUUAUAUUAUUAAAGAUAGAACCACAACCACAUGUUAUAGAUCAAACCUUCCGUUUCUUUCAUCCAGAACAAUCAUUCCUUAAAAAAACAGUUCGAUUACCACCCUUCCAUACAUUACCAGGUAGUCCUGUUGGUGGUAGUGGUGUUAAUAAAGUCUAUAUAAGAUGUAGUGAUGGUAAUGUUAUAACUGAUAGUAAAGCUACACAACCAGGAGAACCACAUGAUGUCUUCUUUAAGGUUGCACUUGGACAAUCACCACAAAGAAAACGAUUUUUUAUCGCAAUCUAUGUUGAUCCAUUCCUGUCACGACCUAUUCAGAUAUGGCAGGUUUAUGUUCACGCCUUACAGAGAGUUGAUGUCAGCUGUGUAGAAGGACAGACAACUCGUUUGGCACUUACAUUAAAGGGAACUCAAGCUUCUCGGUUAGUUCGAUGUUUUUCGUCUGAUGAAGGAGAGAUGCAGCUAGAACCAGGUGAUCAGUUUAUGUUGACAGCAGGCGCUGUCCAUGAAUUAAAUGUUGCUGUCCGUCCAAAUCGACAAGGAAAUAAGUUUUAUUACAUUAAUGUUGUUGAUGUAGAAUACCAUCAGUUAGUUAGAUCCUGGUUGAUUUGCUCCAGUUGUCGACCUCCCAUCAUCUCCAGGGCCUUUGAACUAAUCCUUCCAGUAGGCGGGGGCAAGGGAUCCAGCAAGAAAAUCACUUACACAAAUCCUUACCCAAUCAAAAAGAUCUUCUUAGUAAGAACAGAUCGUGCAGACUUAGUUCAGUUGAAGGAAACUCAGUUUGAGAUUGAUGGGGGUGGAAGCCAUACCAUUGGUCUAAGAUUUGCUCCUGUCAUGCAGACAGGUACUCUCGAGUUUUUCGUAUAUAUAAAUGACGAGGAAGAUAAGAAUGAAGAUACGUUUAAAUUUACUGCCACAUACAAAUAUUCAGAAGCGUAAUUAUGCAUUCAUUUUAGUCUCAUUAGCCUAAAUCUGUUUAGCGUUGGAAAAAGACAUUAGCUAUUAUAAAUCUGACCAGAAUAUGAGUUCUGGGUUUUUUGUGCUAUUUGUUUUCCUCUACCUAUAUUCUUAGAAAUCCAAUUUAUUCAAAAGGUCGUAAAUUUUAUGUAUAAAGUAAUCAUUCAUGUGUAUAUUAUAUUUAUUGUAUAGAGUAACAUAUUAUUUUUAAUAUUUUGACAUACUGUGAUAUUUCCUGUGCCUCAUUAUGUAGAUAUUUUAGUCAAUGUUUAGUUGUUAAGUGUAAUGAGUUGGCCCGCAUAAUUUUUAAAAACAUAUAACUGAUAAGCAGUCUCAGUUAUUUUUUACUUUAUUGCAAAACUUAAUCAGAUAACCUACCUUACAAAAUAUUUAAGAGAAACUGUAAUGUCUGUCUAAAUAAGUGAAUCUCCCCUCACCAGAUGCUCAUUAUAAUUCUUCAUUUCACUUUAUAUGUCUUCUAAUGAGUUACCGGUCGCCUGUCCAACCUCUUGGGUUUUCUCCGGGGCCUCCGGUUUCCUCCCACUGCUAAAGACCCCUACACGCAAGCGAAUUAUAUAAAUAAAAUUUAACCAUAUGUUAGUCCCGAAAUGACCUAGUUUGUGUCGAGUGGACGUUAAACCCCAUUUCUCUCUCUCUCUCUCUCUCUCUCUAAUGAGUUACAUCAAAGAAUUUAUUUACUAAAUUUGGGGACUGAUUUCUUGAAUAUCAAAAUGUUUUGACCCAUUCUUGUUUAUGUAAUAUCUAAUUUCUUCAUAUAUUGUAUUUUCCUGUGAAAGAUUUUAUUGUCUAUAUCUUGGGAAUCAUUUGACAUUUGUUUAUUAUCAAGAAGUUGACAUCCGUCCUAAUCCCAGAAUCGAUGCAUAUCUGUUUAUUACUGUUUCAUUGUUUAUGUCCAUCUUGAUAAACUUAAUAAUUCUUGAUGAUACCGUCCCAUAAACUUAAUAAUUCUUUUAAUGUUUUAUUUGAAAUCCAUUUAUAUUUGUAUGUGUAGAUAAAUAUUGUUAUAUUUCUUGUAAUAUAAUAAUUAGCAUAAUUUAUAUUUAACAUUGCUAUUAUUCUGUAGUUCAGAAAUAAAAUUGUAAUAUCAUUUAG